UCAACAGCAAAGGAGAUGAAGCUGGUUGCUGAGGAACAGGGGACUAAAGUGCACUGGGCAGCUCUGCUGAUACUCAUGGUGAUAAUACCCACCAUUGGGGGGAACAUCCUUGUUAUUCUGGCUGUGUCGCUGGAGAAAAGGCUGCAGUAUGCUACCAACUACUUUCUAAUGUCCUUGGCGGUGGCUGAUUUGCUGGUUGGAUUGUUUGUGAUGCCGAUUGCCCUCUUGACAAUCAUGUUUGAGGCUAUAUGGCCCCUCCCAUUGGUCCUGUGUCCCGCCUGGUUAUUCCUUGAUGUUCUCUUUUCAACUGCCUCCAUCAUGCAUCUCUGUGCUAUUUCGGUGGAUCGCUACAUAGCCAUCAAAAAGCCAAUACAGGCCAAUCAGUGCAACUCCCGGGCUACUACAUUCGUCAAGAUUACAGUGGUAUGGUUAAUUUCAAUAGGCAUCGCCAUCCCAGUCCCUAUUAAAGGGAUAGAGAAUGAUGUGAUUAACCCAGACAACAUCACCUGCGCGCUGAAGAAAGAACGCUUUGGCAACUUCAUGCUCUUUGGUUCACUGGCUGCGUUCUUUGCACCUCUUGCGAUCAUGAUAGUCACCUACUUUCUUACUAUUCAUGCCUUACGAAAGAAAGCUUACUUGGUCAAAAACAAGCCAUCUCAGCGCCUAACUUGGUGGACUGUGUCCACUAUUUUCCAAAGAGAAGAGUCAUCCUUUUCCUCACCCGAAAAGGUUGCAAUGCUGGAUGGUUCUCACAAGGAUAAAACUCUACCUAACUCAAGUGAUGAAACUCUUAUACGAAGAAUGUCCUCAGUUGGAAAAAAAUCAGCACAGACCAUUUCUAACGAACAGAGAGCCUCAAAGGUCCUUGGAAUUGUAUUUUUCCUCUUUCUACUUAUGUGGUGUCCCUUUUUUAUUACAAAUAUAACUUUAGCUUUGUGUGAUUCCUGCAACCAGGCUACUCUCAAAACGCUUCUGGAGAUAUUUGUGUGGAUAGGUUACAUUUCCUCAGGGGUGAACCCUUUGAUCUACACCCUCUUCAAUAAAACCUUUCGGGAAGCAUUCUGCAGAUACAUCACCUGCAAUUACCGGGCCACAAAGUCAGUAAAAGUCCUUAGAAAAUGUUCCAGUACAAUCUACUUUGGGAAUUCAAUGGUAGAAAACUCUAGAUUUUUCAGGAAACAUGGAAUUCGAAAUGGGAUCAAUCCUGCCAAGUACCAGAGCCCAAUGAGGCUCCGAAGUUCAACCAUUCAGUCUUCAUCAAUCAUUCUCCUGGAUACACUUCUCCUCACUGAAAAUGAUGGGGACAAAACUGAAGAGCAAGUCAGCUAUGUGUAG